AUGAAUGGUGCAAAUUGGAUGAAUGUAGCAUUACAAAAAGCGAAUGAUUCACUAAAAGCUGGUGAAGUUCCAGUUGGUUGUUUAUUUGUAUACAACAAUAAAGUCAUUGCUACAGGUAAUAAUACAGUUAAUGAAACACAUAAUGCAACUCGACAUGCAGAAAUAAAUUGCAUAGAUCAAGUUUUAGAGUUUUGCAAGGAAAAAAAUUUGAAUUAUAAAAGAGUCUUCUAUGAUAUUGAUGUUAUUGUUACUGUAGAGCCAUGUAUAAUGUGUACAUCUGCAUUAUAUCAACUACAGGUACGCAACAUUAUAUAUGGUUGUGCAAAUGAUCGUUUUGGUGGAUGCACUAGUGUUUUUGAGGUACCAAAACUUUAUAAUUCAGGAACAACAAUAGUGGGAGGUAUCAAAGGUGAUGAAGCAAUGACUUUGUUAAAAGAAUUUUAUAAAGGUACAAAUCCAAAUGCACCUGUAUCAAAGAUGAAAAAAAAAUUAUAAAGAAAAGGUCACAUAAAUAUU